AUGCAGACAUCUCAUCCCUCUCCUGUAGACAAAGAUAAGAAAAUUAAAAUUAUGGAUGAGUUAAUCAAAACUAAUUAAAAGCAUAUUGAUCAUCUCAAACAAACCAUCACCUAAUUAAAAAGAGUAAUUUUCAAUUAAAAUAUAGCAAUUACAAUUUGAAUAGAAGAGAAAUCAGGAUCUUGAAAAAGACAAUACUAUAUUGAAAGAUCAAAUCAAAAAGCUUCAUUCAAAACCAACAUAGCAUACUCAAUUUACAUAAACAUAAUCUGAAGUCCAUCAAUCAAAGUAAUUAUCAACUAAAGAGGAUCAAUAACUUGAUAGUGCUACAAAAAAUACUCAAAAACCUGAUAAUGAUCCUAAUAAUCUUAAGUAAUAAAUACUCAAUUAGGUAUCACCUUCAAAACAAGAUAUCAAAAAAAUUCCAAAACUUGAUCUUAAGAUUGAUAUCAAUUCAGCAUUACAAAGAUAAUAGAGUGGACCUAUUAGUAGUGUCAAAAAAUCAUAAACAUAUUUACAUGGCUUAACUAAUUCCAAAUUAAUUGAUGCGAUAAAAGAAAGAAUUCCUGAAAAAACAAAUAGGAUUGUAAUAUCUUAAAUUUAUAUCCCCUUUAGAGUCAAGUAACUGGAGAAAAAAAUAAUAGUUCAUUACGAAAAUCCUUACUAUUCAAUUUUUAGAAUAAUAAAUCUACUAUUAUUGAUAGUGAAAAUAUAGAAGAAUAAGAUAUACAAAAACGUAGAAAUUCAGAUGGAAGAUAAUAAUAGUUUUUUGAAUCUAUUGAAGAAAAUAGAGUAGAAACUAUGGAAGUCUCUGCUUUAUAAUAACCUGCCUAUAAAUUAUAUGAAAAAUUUUAUAUUAUGGGUUGUGAAAAAAAAGAAUUUUUAGAAUUUGAUAAUGAACCUAAUAUUAAAGAAGGUAUUCUACCUGCUAAUAUAUUGUUCAAGAUUGAUUCAAUGAACACGUAAUUAUCAUCCACUUUCUAUUAGUCCUGUUUAUGAAGAGAUUAUCAAUGGAUUUGUUUAUCCUUUCGGAAAUCAAGUUGAAAAAAUCAAGGUCAAUGAUUCAUUUAGAAAAUUAAAAGAGUAUCUAAAAUUCAUUAUUUCAGAAUCAUGUAUUCAGGUAAUAAAUACGAAUUAUUGGACAAAUUUUCCCUAUUUACUAUUAAAAAUCAAGAUACCACUGAAGAUUUUUCAGAACAUAUCAAUCAGAAUUUAAUGAAUCAAGCUAAUCCUGAAAAAUUGCUCUAUGGAAUUUGUUUAUCUGUCUAUGAUUUUAUUGAAACUACUCCUGAUCACAUUUAAUUAACAUUUGAAAAUAGAAAAAAACGAAUUUUCUGGAAAUACAAGAAAACUUAUUGCUUUCUUACUUAUUUUCCAUUUUAUGAAUUAUUCUAAGAUCUACUUAUUUCUAUUAUUAGUAAUAUAAAUUAUUCACAUUAUUUUUAGAUUUAAUUAAAAUCAAUAGAACUGAUAGAUACUUAAAAAAAUAUUCUGAAGAAUAUGAAGUUUUGAGGGAAGUUGAUGGUUAAUAGAUAAUACUUGUAUAUUAUAUUUUAAUAAUAAAUUUAGGAAUUUCAAGAUGAAUUGACUAAAUUUUUAAAUUUGAUAUAAACCAUUAAACCAAUGUUGGGACAUCAAUAAUUAGAAGUUCAAACAUUGGCAGGUACACUAAAGUAUAGAAUUCCUAAUCAAUUGCAAUUGGAUAUUGAAUUGAGAAUAUGGAGUGCCAAUGUCACUUUAUAAAUUUUAAAUUACAAUGAAAUCUUAACUAUAUUCUUAGCUAUGAUUUCUGAAAUCUCAAUUAUUUUUAUCUGUGAAAAAAGCAACAUCUUAACAUCUGUCAUGUAUCAAAAUUUAAUAACUAAUUAGUCAUUUUUUUCAUCACUUAGUCCAUCCAUUAGAAUGGACCUAAGGAAUCAUUUAUAAUUUACCUGAAUAAUUAUUGACUAUGAUUUAAUCACCAGUUCCAAUUAUAAUUGGAGUCAAUCUUACAGAAAAUGAUUUCAAUUUGAUGAGUCUUUCUGAUAAUUGUGAAAAUCAUUUAUUUAUAUUUUUGGAUCGUGAUAAAGAAACUAAGUUUUUAUCCAAACCAAAAAAUGUUUUAGAUUAGAUAUCCACUCCUUCUUUUGGUGGAUUAUUAAUGUAAAUAGAGAAAAUCCUUAAAACUUAGAAUAAUAUACGUAAUCCAAGGUAAGAAUGGCGUUAUAUUUAUAAAUUAGUCCAAGUAUAAGACAAGCCUCAAAUAAAUUUGAUGAUAAGAAAGCGAUUAAAUUUUACUUUGAUGACAAUGAUCAAUGUAAAAGUAAAAGGGUUCUUGAAACUUUUAAGAAAAUUAUUAAUGAUUAUAUCAUUUCUUUAUUGCCUUCUGAAAAUGAGUAAGGUGUUAAAGUAAUAAUGUUAAAAAUAAAAAAUAGACUGAACAAGGUUUAAAUUUACCAUUUAUUGAGCAUUACUUAGUAUAAGGAUCUAAUAUUAAGGAUAGAAAGUUCAUCUAAAAUCUGUUUAAAACUCAGCAUUUCUUAUAUUUUAUAUAAUAGCAUUAUUGUGAUUAAGUGUGA